GUGCGCUCAAUGCAAGCGCAGAAUUCAUACACACACACUGGCGAUCACUCGUGACCAAGUAAGAUUGUCUUCCAAAAUAAAGUCUUAACGGUGAGUCCGUAAGUGACUGUGGAGGCCAAUCCUAGAUCCACACAGCCUCCCACAGUGAGGACAUAGGAAGACGGUUGCAAUGAGGAUUUGUUUGAUGCGCCUUCCACUUGGCUCACUUGUCGCUUUCACUCUGUAUUUGUGCUUCUUCAAAGUCCAUAGCACCUUUGAUAAUAGCCACCCUUCAUUUGGGACGCUCAUGGGCCAAGGCUUCCCAGUUCUCAAUGCUCAUGUUACAUUUUUUUAGAUUCGCUUUAAGAACAUCUUUAAACUUCUUUUGCUGUCCACUGAUAUUCCAUUUUCCAUCCUUAAGUUGGGAGUAGAGUAGCUGCUUUGGAAGACGGUGAUCAGGCAUUCGAACAACAUGGACGGUCCAGUGAAGUUGAUGUUGGAGGAUCAUUGUUUCAACGCUGGUGGUCUUUGUUUCUUCCAAAAUGCUAACAUUAGUCCGUCUAUCUUUCCAAGUAAUUUGCAGAAUUUUCAGGAGGCAGCGUUGGUGGAAUCUUUCAAGAAGUUGGGAGUGGUGUUUAUAGAUGGCCUCUGUUUCAUAGGCGUACAGUAAAGUCGGUAGUACAAUGGCUUUGUAGAUAAGCAUUUUGGUCUCCCUGCAAAUAUCCCGAUUCUCAAACACUCUACGCUUCAUUCAGGAGAAUGCGGCACUCGCAGAACUCAGACGAUGUUGAAUUCCAGCAUCGAUGUCAGCUUUUACAGAGACGUGGCUGCCAAGAUAAAAGAAGUGAUCAAUAUUCUCCAGCAUCACUCCAUUAAGCUGGAUUGAUGGUGCUACAGAGGGACAAAGUAAAGAAAGGAGGCUGUGAAAUGGCAUCGGAGCGACACUCAGGAUCCUCCCCCCUUUACCCUGGAGAGGAAUCAUCCAUCAUGCAGCCAGCUCAGGGGCCGGUGACCUUCAAGGAGGUGGCCAUAUAUUUCACUGAGGAGGAGUGGGUCCUGCUGGAUCCAGGCCAGAGAGCUCUUUAUGAGGCGGUCAUGGUGGAGAUUCAUGAGAUGAUCACCUCUCUGGGAGAUGUCUGGGGUAUCACGGCUGAGCGGAAGCCAACAGAGGUGUUACCGGAAAGAGCUGAGGAGCAGAAGGAGGAACAGAAAUUGGGGAGGCAAGAUGGACCAGAGAGACAAGAGGGGAGAGAAAUGCAGAAACAAGGGGAUGAAUCCAGAGCUUCUCAGGGUGGUGAAUAUAAAAUUCAAAGGGAAACUACUCACUCUAAGGAAACAAGGAUGUCUCCUGAGUGUAAACUGACAAGACAUCAGAAGAGUCCCACAGGGGAGAAGUCAUAUACAUGCUCAGACCACGAGAAACAUUUCAGCAAAAGCUCAAACCUUACUAUACAUAAGAGAGCGCACACCGAAGACAAACAAUGUAAAUGCCUGAAGUAUGGAAAGAGCUUCAGUCAUCAUUAUCAUUUUACUUUGCCUCAAAGAACUCAUACAGGGGUCACACCUCAUAAAUGCUUUGAGUGUGGAAAGAGCUUCAUUUCGAGUAGCACACUUACUUUGCAUCAAAGAACUCAUACAGAAUACAAACCUUACAAGUGCUUGGAGUGUGGAAAGAGCUUCAGUCAGAGUGGCCAACUUACAUCACAUCAAAGAACUCAUACAGGGGACAAACCUUUUAAAUGCUUGGAGUGUGGAAAAGGCUUUAGUCGUAGUGACCACCGUAUUUUGCAUCAAAGAAGUCACACAGGUGACAAACCUUAUAAAUGCUUCGAGUGUGGAAAGAGCUUCAGUUGGAGUAGUGCCCUUACUUUGCAUCAAAGAACUCAUACAGAAUACAAACCUUAUAAGUGCUUGGAGUGUGGAAAGAGCUUCAGUCAGAAUGGCAAUCUUACUGCGCAUCGAAGAACUCAUACAGGGGACAAACCUUACAAAUGCUUGGACUGUGGGAAGUGCUUUAAUCACAGUAGCUCCCUUACUGUGCAUCGAAGAACUCAUACAGGGGAGAAACCUUAUAAAUGCUGUGAGUGUGGAAAGGGCUUCAGUCGGAGUAGCGCCCUUACUGUGCAUCAAAGAACUCAUACAGAGGAGAAACCUCAUAAAUGCUUGGACUGUGGAAAGAGCUUCAGUCAGCGUUACCAACUUACUUUGCAUCAAAGAACUCAUACAGGGGACAAACCUCAUAAAUGCUUGGACUGUGGAAAGAGCUUCAGACGGAGUAGCGCCCUUACUGUGCAUCAAAGAACUCAUACAGGGGAGAGACCUUAUAAAUGCUUGGAGUGUGGAAAGAGCUUCAGUCGGAGUAGCGCCCUUACUGUGCAUCAUAGAACUCAUACAGGCGUCGAGCCUUAUAAAUGCUUUCAUGUUGGCCACUAAAAUUAUGGAAAACUGGUUCCAUAGGUGUUUGUCCCAUGACCUGUCAUUUACCAAUACAAAAAAAAUGGAAAUGGACUGCCUUCAAGUUGAUUCUGACUUAUGGUGACCCUAUGAAUAGCAUUUUCAUGGUAAGCGGUAUUCAGAGGGGUUUACCAUUGCCUUCCUCUGAUGCUGAGAGGCAGUGACUGGCCCAAGGUGACCCAGUGAGCUUCAUGGCUGUGUGGGGAUUCGAACCCUGGUCUCCCAGGUCGUAGUCCAACACCUCAACCACUACACCACACUGGGUCUACCAAUACAGAAGUUAAUCUUUAUUUAGAAAAAAUGCAGUGAAAGAAUAGGGUAAUUUGGAAUAAAGUCGGGGUUUCUAUGGGGAUCAAAGAUAUGGAUACAUGCAGUGUUUUACCUCGCUACUAUUAAUUGUUUAUUUCUUUAUAGCAUUUGUACCCUGCUGUUCUGCCAGAAAGGCUUCCAGGGCAGCCUACAUUAAAUCAAUUAAAGUCAGACAGUCCCUGCCCACAGGUUUACACUGAAAAAAAAUGACACAGGGACAGGAAGGCGGGCCCCAAUUCUAAAAUAUUAGUUCUUGUAAUACUCUUUCUUCUUUCUCAUGAUACGUUCUUACUACUUUUUUCCUUUAAUUUAUUUUUGGUUUAAGUCCAGGUAUUUCUACUAGAUUUUUGGUUGUUCUGGGGCCUUUGCAGCCCAGCAUUUCCCCCCUUCCAUUUCAGAGAAGGGAUUUCCUGCUUUGAAUCGGUCCCUUCUUCAGUUUUGGGGGUGUGGUCGUUGUCCUGCAAGUCCGUCUUUUGGGGCUGGAGCUUUCACUUAUAAACAAAUUAAUGGAUCUUGUUUUUCUAGAGUUUAUGUACAUUAUUGUCCUGAUUUUCACUUCUUUGCAGAUGAGGUUUAUAUUUCACAACUUCGUUUUUUCCAACCUUUUCCCUUCAUCUCUGUGGUUCUGGAUCCUAUCCAUGGGACUCUACAUUUAACUGGUUCCUUUGAAUCACUGCUUGGAUAGGUAGCUUCCUAUUUAGAGUGAAUGCCUACAUAGCAGUAACAUAGAAAAGUUUCAAGUGGUUUGGACUGGUGAAAGAGGGUCAAUGAAAGUAGAGGUGCAUAAUAAAUUUAUUACCAGCUUUGCAUUUUGUAAUUAUUGUUCGUAAGAGCUGAGUUGCACAUUGUUCUUCUGCGUAGAGUUAAAUUUACAUAUCUCUAUUUUAUUUUUGUUUGCGGAAUAAUACUUAUUUGCAUAUUGUGAUCCUCAUUUCUCCCUUCCCCAAGAUUCAUUCAUGUGUUGUGAAUUUCUCUUUGAGGUUAUCAUGCUCCCGUCUUUCAUAAACUGAAAUGUCUUUACUGAUAUUCUGCUGAUGUAUUAAGUAAAUCUUUCCAAAGGAAGCAUUGUUAGUAUUUUUAGAACUUGGGAACUUUGGAAUUAAGAAGUUUAUGCUUGUGCAAAGUUAUAUAUGUCUAAUUUAAUGUAACAUUUGUUAAUCAUGAUCUAUGGUUAUUUUUAGGAGUUUAGUUUUAUACUUAUAAUCAUUUCUAGUUUAGGAUAAGUAAAAAUGGUUAAUACCAUAAACUGAGGGCAUAAGGGUUUGACCUUUUCCCUAAAUUGACCCCUGGCCUUUUAGUGUUCUAAAUGUUUUCAGCCAGAUGUUUUCAGAUGAAUGUCCGUGACAAGAGGAAACAAAAGUGGCAAAUGUAACACCAAUCUUCAAAAAGGGAUCCAGAGGGGAUCCCGGAAAUUACAGGCCAGUUAGCUUAACUUCUGUCCCUGGAAAACUGGUAGAAAGUAUUAUUAAAGCUAGAUUAACCAAGCACAUAGAAGAACAAGCCUUGCUGAAGCAGAGCCAGCAUGGCUUCUGCAAGGGAAAGUCCUGUCUCAGUAACCUGUUAGAAUUCUUUGAGAGUGUCAACAAGCAUAUAGAUAGAGGUGAUCCAGUGGACAUAGUGUACUUAGACUUUCAAAAAGCGUUUGACAA